CAACGGAGCGAGACGAAUGCCGAAUCCAGUGCGCAGACGCAAAUUUGUAGCCGAAUAACAAACAUGGAGUCUUCCGAAGGUCUGCGAGUGGAGGAAGAAUGCCGACAUGGCAGUGAGAGCUGUACCCCCGAAUGCCCUUGCAGCCCCCGCAGCGGCACACAUCUGUCCUCCAGCACCAGCGCUGUGUCUCUUGGGGAGGUCAUUGCAAACCAUGCCAGACAGGCCAUUGGGUCUUGGUGUCCCCUGCCAGGAGUGGAAGACACUGGUUUGUUGACAGAAGCCUCCAUUAGUAGCAUGACCCAGGCAUCUCCUUGGCCUGCAGGGAACCAUGCCCACCAGGAUUCCCCAUCCUUUCAGGCUGAUCCUGUAACAGUAGCUGCGGAUUCCUCCCUGCGACCACCAGGGGGAGCCUCCUGCUCCUUCCAGCUAGAAUUUCAGGAUAGUCACCUCUCACCUGCCCUCCCGUUGCUACCGGCAAACUAUGGGAAAGUCCACAGUCUGCUGGAAGACACAGUUUUUCAUCACACAGCCUUGGAGUUUGUUGCUCUGAGAGGUACUCCAGACAUUUCUGCUGCAUCUGAAACCGAAAGGUUGAGCAUCGCACUUCAAAGGGAUACUGGAAUGUGUGAUCUCCCCGCUUUUUCACUGUCGGAGCUAUCACAGGGGCGGCUGGACACUGAUCAUACCUCACUAUCUGUGCACACGGAGCCUCUCGCCUUGGCCUUGGGGGAGGAUGCAAGCAGCUCCUGCUCACUAUCUCAGCACACCCUGUCCCCCGUGUCAGGUGAUGGCGAUAAUGUGGCAGAUUGCCUCCCCAUAAUUCUUGAGAAAGAUUUGGUUCCAGAAGGCUCUCAAUCUGGAACAGAGAGCCAGCUUUCACACUCGGAUGGGGGUUCUCCAAACGCUGGUUCUCAAGAGAAGCUGCAGGAGGAAAUUCCCACAGAGGAGAACAAUUCAAAUGGACUUCACAAACAGCUGUGCUGCGAAAAUGACAGAAUUCAAUCUGCGAGCGAACCUGAAGAGAACCAAAGCCAUCCUCCCAGAAAUAGCCAGUCAGUGACCUCCAACUUUGGAUCAAUGGAAGCAUCCACUGGAAGAGAGAGCAUUACCACAGAGGUACCCUAUGACAACAAAGCAGAUCCACAGUGGUCUGCGGGGUUUAGCUUUGAGAGAGGCCAUUCAGAGAAAGAGCUGUCCUCCUCAGGAAAUCACACAACUGUGGAAGGAUCUUUUGUAAGAUCUCUUGCACAACCGGUGUACCAGUCCACCCCAUUUAUCUUCCCGGGGAUUCUCCAAGCAGCUGUGCAGCCGUCCUUAGGAAAGCUUUCUGCAGUUGAGUCCAGUGUCAUGGUGCCUUUGACCUCUGCUAACGAGGCCCGGAAUGUCCCAAGCAAACCAGCACAAGCUCACGCUUUUGAUAACAGCAGCACUGUUUUGAGUCCAAGCCCUCUAUCUCUUCAGAGUUCUGGAAAGAUUCAGUCUUUGCCAAGUCUCAGCUACAUGGAGAAAGUGGGGGCUUGGAAUGUAAACCAGGCAUCAGGAAAAACCUAUUCUGACUUGGCUUUGCAUAGUCCUAGGCGCAACCUUGCAGCUUCGUUCUGUGGAACCUCUGAUUCAGCAAGGGAUUCUCUUUUGCUUCCUAGAAGUGGGGGCUCCCAUUCAUCACCUUUAGCUGGCCGUUUCGGUACAACCGGUAAAGAGGCUCAAUGUACCGGAGCCCUUCAGAGUUUGCCCAAACCCUAUUCUGGCUCAGAGGCUGGUUGUUUGUCUCCUAGCUUAGCUAGGAACUUGGCCACCUCUGAUUCAGACUUGCUCUUGGAAACAUCAGAAGGACAAACACCCCAGAUAGAGCAGAGACAAAGUGAGCCAGCAAGUGAGUGUACAAAGAUCCCGGUGAAACAAUCUGUUUUGCAGGAGUGUGAAGUUAAUGUCGCGCAGGGAGGAAGAGUCAAGUCAGCAGAUUUAUUGGAGAUACAGAAGAAAGUUGAGCAUUUGCCCGAAGUUGACUUGUCCCAUUUCAGCACUGUUUCUUCUAAUCAAGCCCUUCAGAGUGUGCUCACUAGCUCUCAGGACAGCUACCAGGGUAAGCAGAAGCUGGCAGCUUCCCCAUCGGCUGUCUCUUCUGUGCCCAGCCUGGAGGUGGACACCUACACCCAUUGGAUGACUGACCCUUCCACACCAGUCAAAGAGAAGGAGAUGAAUAUUGAUGAAAGAAUUCCGAUGUACCUCCGUAAUCUCGGAAUUGACCAGUCCCCGUCGACUAUUCUGACUCCUUUCAUGCCCAGAGGACCAAUCAGGGAGCCAGAAUUCUCACCAACUGAUCUCUGCACAAUAAAAGAUUCCACACCCACAAAGAGUACAUUGCCGUCUGCAGGUAACACGCCUGAAAAAGGGGAGUUUUCCAGGUCCAGUGUUCUGUCUCUGGGCUCAAGCACAACCAUUCCACUGAGUUUCGGCAGCUUUCAGCCAGACGCACUUUUCCCCCAGCAAGCAGCCAUUCAUCAUCUAGGUGCAUCUCUGGACCCUCUACCUCAGCAGCCCCUUAAGAAUGAGACACUGUGUGAAGGACAGCAUCCUACCCCAGGGAUAUCCCAGCAAGCCUCGAGUGGAGGCAGCAAGAUCACGGAACAUGCUCAGGAAGAAAUUUUCCAGUCUAGUAAGGCUGUAAGCCAACAAGACAGGGAUUCCUCUACAGAUCAGCUGCCUGUCCUGUCUGUUACAGACUCCUCUAUGGGUUGCAGAACACUGCACAAGCUUCUGAACAAGACUCGGAGCACUGUGUCUGAGAGGCCUUCUCUAUCUUCCUCCUCAGCCACCAUGUGGGGCUCUGAAAACUCCCUUCUCUGUAUACAGAAGAAGCUAGGCAGCUUUGCAGACUCUUUGGCCUCCUCAGGGAAUCGUGAGACCACCUCUCUGCUUGGGGGCAAGUCCUCUUCAGAUUCACUGCUCAUAGCCGAUGGACAGAGAGACACUUCUUCCAGGGAGCCCUUCAGGUCCUCAAGGCCAUCGACUGACCGGCUCACAGCCACGAAACAAGCAGCUGCACUUAGCUUGGGGAUAGAUGUGGGCCCAUCCUCUGUUAGCAUUUCAGGGCAGCCUGCUGGUUUCCUCAGUGACAAAUCUGUGCGACGGGAGCCUGAGGGCUGUAGUGCUGUAGUUCCAGACCAGGCACUCCCUGCACCUGUGUCUGUCCCAGCGGAGGGCUGCUCUGAGGCUGACGGGGCCAUGCAGUCCCAGGAGGUGGUGUCGUUAUCCAAGGCCUCCUCCAGUGCUUCAGUAGAGAUGAGGCCAGCCUCAGGCUGCAGAGAAGCGGACCGGAACGCCGAGAGCGAUAGCAGCAGUGCUGAUGUGCUGGCUGCCAGAGUAGCCAGUUUGUUGAGGAAUGAGUCACCAGCCACUGUGGCUUCCAGCGGGGUGAGCUUUGCAGAUGAAGAGGAGCGAAGGGCUAGGGAGUGGAUUAGAUUGAAAGUUUUGGGACAGCACUGUGAGCCGCUGGGCCUGAACAUACAGGACAGGCAGCGCAUUGAGGAAAUUAAGCGAGAGCUUCUACUCUGCACCAGACGACAGACCAAGAGCCAGCCGAGUUCAGAAACUGACUCCAGCACCCAGUCAAGCCGUGACGGCUUGGAGGCUGAACCCAGGGCACAGGCUGAGUGCUUCUUGGCCCUAAAGACAGCAGAACAUCAGCUUUCUGACCAGCUGCAGCGGCUGAGCCGCACUCCCUCUCACUCUGGGGUUCGGUUUGAUUCCGACAGGCAGCGGGACCUUGAGGCACGAGUCCGUGAGAUCACUCACAGAGAGGCUCUCACGCUUUCUGGGGCCGGCACCUCAUCCAUCAACCUUACCUCCCACCAUCAGUUCCCCUUCUCCUCCACUAUAACCCCUGCAUCAGCUCCACAACCCCACAACAGUGGUCUCUCGUCAAAAACCAGGGAGCCAACUGUUGUCCAAAACUUUGGUUUUAUGACUCAAGAUUCUUUAGACACUGAACCAGACACACAAGCCGGAUGCAUGCUGCCAUUAAGGUCAACUCCAGGACAUAGUAGCACUAAAGACACUGGUGCCGUGAUAAAAAACGAAACAGGCUCACCUUCAGAUCUACAGGUACAUUCAAACCUACUGAGCAGAGGGACACAGGACAGCUUUUAUGCCGGCCUUUUGCUAGCUUCUGAGAAGAAAAAUGUCAGCUGGAUAAGCACGAGGGAUACAGAACAGAAGAAACAUCUGUCUGAUUCUGUCAGCCCUUUGGCUGCAGUCAGCCAGCUUCCUGAAUUCAGUACUGGAAUUUUUGGUAUGAACUGUACCAGUUACAGGCAGAUAUCCAAGUCCUUGCCUGACGUGAGGAGGUCCCUCACCAGCCUGAAGCCGUGUGCAGUUCCUUUGCACAUUGUGCCUUUGGCUUCGAGUUCUUUGUCCAUCUCUUCUUCCACCAAGAACAUUCCUUCUGACCUGCCUCUGACCAUAACUGCUAAGCAGCCUAGUGGAAACACUUUAGAAUUCAGCCCAGUGACACGUUCUCAAGAAGAUGGCUCCACAUGUGUGAAGGAGCUGCAGGCUGACCAGCCUUCUGGUUCUUCCUCCCAGAUCGCUCGUGACAUGAACGUGGACUUCACGAAGCACAGUGAUUUACAGCCAGACAGCCAACCAUCAGCAGAGCAAAGUUCAUACUUUCCAGCCACAGGAAUUGCUAGCACUGCCUUUGGACCACAGAAAGGACAGCAGUCUGCUAGAAGACAGGACCCUGAGACAGCUGAUGCCUCAGUUCAGAUCACUACAUGCUUUCCCCGGGAGGAGUCACAGAGUACCAGGCCCACCUUACCACAAUCAUCCUCGUUACCGCAGAAGAUGAUGUCUGCCCCUUUAUCCAUUCAGACACCAGCUGUGUCUGUUCUCCUGCCCUACAAGCCCCGCGGGAGCUCAGAGCUGUUCUACAUGCCCCAGACAGGGCUACCGCUGUCCCACAUUGAUUCGGGCACCACUCUGGAGAGCCGCCUGCUAGAGUGGGAUGCUUCGCCUCCAAAGGUCCGCAUGGAGGUUCUGGGCUCCAGUGAGCAGGAGGUCAAUAACACCAUCGCCAUCAUGGACGUCGAGGGGACCUACAGUAUGCAGCGGCAGGACAGUGACGUCCACCAGGGGGCGGCGAUGCAAGGGUUGCACCUGAAUGAAAAUGGAGGCAGCUACUACUGCUCUCAACGAUCGGACAGUCUGUCUCUGGAAAGAAACACACAUGCCAGUCCAUCAGCUUCCAACAGUCCCUCUAACCCUCAGGACGGAAAGCAGUGGCUGCCAAACAGAGAUCUUAGCGUAGGGCACAUGGUCUUCAAGCAGAGCCAGGAGCACGAUGAAUGUGCACCAUUGCUGGGGGAGGUCGAUAAUGCUGAUAACCCGGAGCCUUUUCACUGGACAGGGAGGGAGGGGUUUGCUGCAGCGAGGUGCAGCCUGGUCUCAGGGAAACAGGGGGGCAGCUCCCUGGAUGAGCUGCGGCAGAGAUGCAGACAGGGAUGGAGCCUUCGGGGCACAUGCUCCAGUCGCGAGACGGAGAAGUCUCUACUGGAGAGGCUGGAACGCCUGUCCCUCCUCAUCCACAGCACUGGCCUUGAGCUGGAGAGAGCGAAUCAGCUCCAUGGGAUCAGAGAGGGACAGCAGCCGGUCGGGCUGAGGGGGAGAGGAGAGACCGCGGGCCAGGAGAGGAGGGCAGCGAUGGAGCCAGUGAGGAAGGAGUGGGCGUCAAGGCGAGGAAGGGAGGAGAGCGAAAAGGCACAGGGUACCAAGACAGAGGGGGAUGGUGUGAGGAGGACACAGACAGGACAGGGAGGGAGAAAGGGAGCAGAGAAAAGAGAGAGCAGCAGGCUCAUGGAGUCACGAGUCUGGAGCAGCAGGAUGAGCGGGAAAGGCCAGCAGCCUGUCCGGCUGGCCUGGGGGGCGCAUGGUCCACUGAGGUCCACUGACACCACCCCUGAGAGCCGUCAUCGCUGCCCAGCCGAGAGAGACGCCUCAGGACUCACCUCCGGCGAGACCGAUGUCAGCGUCCAGACCGAGUCCGGAGACACCACGGCCUCCACCAUCGACACAGCCCGCCUCGUGCGGGCUUUCGGCUCCCAGCGAGUGAAUGCUGGCUUGGAGCGUCUGCACAGUGCCAUUGACAGGCAGAGAGAGGGCAGGGAGCCGCGGAGAGGGAAGAAGGGCAGCAGCAGAUAUGUGGGCCAUGUCCUGGGCCAGGCACACAGCACCGACGAGUCUGCGGCGACCCCUGAGUCCGUUUUGUCAAGGAGCAGCAGCGGUGACCCCACGCGUGGACAGAGGACAGUUAAACUUCUCAGCAAAGGAAUACAGGCAGGCAACUUGGAGAUUGUCAGUAACGGCACCCGGAAACAUACCCGUGAUGUGGGCACUAACUUUCCAUCACCGCGCCUGGCCAGGGCCAUCGAGGUCAUGUCUGAGGGUCCUGUGCUCAUCACCAAGGGGGGCAAAGGGGAGCACAGGACCCCCCCCAAACAUCAGACCAUCUUGAAUGAGAGGAGGAGCAGACGUAGCCAGCAAAUGUACUACCCUCGAGGUAUAAACAUUUGUGUGUCAUGGUUCGUCCCUGCUGAUGAUCUGAAGGUCAGGAGCAAGAAGGAGAACCGGCCAGACUCAACAGCACCAGCACUAGCAUCUGGCCUGGCAUGGUUUGAGGCAUAUACUAAAACCAAGCCCUGGAGGGAACCACUCAGAGAGCGACAGGUACAGGAAGAGCCAAUGGGCUCCAGACCCAAGACCCUGGGGGAGCCAAUCACCAGCACCAAAACAAGCAAAGUGCCCUGUGGCCUCAUCCGGAUUACCCUGCAGGAAGCCCUGGAGAUGCGUCGGCCAGACUUCAUCUCGCGCUCGCAGGAACGGAUGAAGAGGUUGGGGCUACAGGUGGAGGAGCGCCGCCUGCAGGCCAUCUUUGCCCAGGAGAGAGAGAAUCUAUUCAACCAGCCCGCGAAUGUGCUGAUGCACCCACAGCCUGCAGGGCCUCCAGCCUGUGCCAGAAGAGCCGUUCCAAAGAAGGAGAUGAUCAUGAGAUCCAAACAGAUGUACUCCCAGCUGCCAGAAGUGCGACGCAGGAAAGAGGAGGAGAGACGCAAAGCUGAGUACCAUUCCUACAGGAUGAAGGCCCAGCUCUACAAGACCAAAAUCACCAACCGCAUCCUGGGCCGGAAGACUCCAUGGCAGUGAAGGGCCUUGUGGACCUUUGAAACGCCUUAUUUAGCAUAUUUAAAUUUAGUAAAAAUUUAGUGUGAGUGUUUUAAUGAUAAUGAUAAGAUUGAAUUUUGCUAUAAUUAUUUAAUUUUAUUCUCGUAAUAUUGUUUUUAUGUAGUUUUUAGUAUAACUGUUUUUGUUUUAUAAAUAUCGUAAUUUUAAAGUAACAAAUUUGGAUGAAAUAAAACAUUUGUAAAUGAA